AUGAGUUCUUCAACAACUGCCACCUUUGAUGCCAAUGAUCUUGGAACCGACAUCGUCACCAUCCAUGUUGGGCCCAAUAGAAAAGCGUUUGCUAUCCAUAAGAACCUUAUCUGCAACCGUUCGGCUUUCUUUUCCAAAGCUUUUAAUGGCCCUUUUAUGGAAGGCGUCGAUGGCACAAUGCAAUUACCGGAAGAUGACUCGCAGGCGUUCAGUGCCCUCGUUGUCUGGAUGUACCGCGAUCAACUCCCUCUUUUUCCCACCGAACAAUAUAAAGAUGACGGUAAUGGAUGUGACAUGUAUGUUGAGUCACUUUUACCACUCUUUCAUUUAGCAGAAAAGCUGUGUAUCAAUGCUUUAGCCAAUCAAAUUAUGGACAGGGUUCAAGACGUUCACUUUUUGCACAGCCGCAUGUUUGGCGGCUCAGAACUCGAGACCGUCUAUGCAUAUUCCCACGGAGGGAGCAAGAUUCGAACUUAUGGCGUUCUUAUGGUGAUUCAAAGAAGUUCUGCAGGCGAGGUCUUCGACGAAGGCCAUGCGAAUGAAGGCGAAGAGAGUGACGAAGAGCUUCUAGGAGGAUUAUUAAAGCUGCAAGAAUCCCAGCCAGACUUCGGUCGAGACUUCAUUACGCUACAGAUGAAAUAUGGAGCCCGCUUUCGGAGAAGAUUAAGAUACAGAUGUGCCGAUGUCCAAACUCGCGCGGAGAACAGCUUUGGUCAGUGUUUCUUCCAUAACCACGCCAAAUCAGAGGUCUGUCACCUUGGGCCAGAGCCUGUGGAUGCAAAUGGGCCAUGA